CCGAGCAGGGUCCCAGCGUUCCACCAAUGUCUCAUCUACCUUUCGAGCUUUGAAGGGGCAGGGUCCUUUCACGCCAAACCCCGACACACCCCCUGUGUGAACGCCGGGAGUUUUCCAACUCACUGACGUAUCCACACUGCACCCAGGGCUCAUCAACUCAAAGACGGCGAUAUGACAGCAAAAGGGAUAAGAGGUUAAGCGGAUACCAGAGGAGUGGGCAGAGGGGAGCUGGGGCAGGCACGAAGAGGCUCGGCGGGUGUCCUGACCGGAAGUGGGGAGUUGGAAAUACCUGGACAAGCUGGCAGUCCACGUGUUGGGUGGAGGGCCCACUGAACACACUCACCUGCCUAGGGUGGAGUAGCCCUUUCUUGUGUCGCAUCAGGUCAGCACGCGCUUCUGUGUUGUGUACUAAACUGACCCCACCCAUCAGAGGCCCCAUUCCUUUCCUCUUCCUCCUCCUACCUGGUCUUCUUCUACCUGGACUACAUCUUUGCCUCAGGGGAGCCCUCCGUAAGGAAAGGGCAAAGGACACGCUGGUGACCAGGAUGUCUACGUGUUCAGAGUGCCAUUCUCUACCAUCUCAUGGCCACCAGGCAUAGCCAUACCUGCCUGUGACCAACACCGAGUCCUGUGCCUGACCCUGGACAAUCCAGAUUUUGUUCAGGCCACAGACCCUCUCUGUACAAUCAAGACGAAGGGAACAAUGUUCCUGGUGAGCCAAAGCUGGGCCAGACUUUACAGCUCUAUGGAACCAAGGGUGCACAUCAGGGCUCCUUCAGCAAGGCCAGAAAAGUGGACAAUCCUCCAAGCCGUCUCAGGCAUCCCAGUGACAACUGGGUAUGGGCAGUAGGUGACAAGCAGGAAUUCUGGACAGUGGCUGUAGAAAUGUGAGGAAUGGCUGGGUGGCCCCAGAAUCUGAAGACCUGCCCUCCACUUCCUAUCUGGGGCCAUGACCCAAGGAGGUAGGACAUGCUCAGAUGAAUGGUGAUUGAGUCACCCUAGAUUGGCAAAUGCCCCUUAGAGCCCAAACCUUGGCCUCCACCCAUCUGGGAAUGAGGGGUGACUGGCUGCUGUGCUCUAGUUGCUAAGGCCUCCUGGGAUCCUGGGAACCCCAUCUUUGAGCUCCGCCCCAAAGCCCCACCCCUCUCUAGGAGGGAAAAGGCACCUGCUGGUAGCUCUACUCACAGGCACUGGGACCUGGAGCUGGAGGACAGAAAGACAGACUGCUGCUGCUUGCUGCAGCCUGGGCCAUGGACCCCCAUGAGAUGGUUGUGAAGAAUCCAUACACCCACAUCAGCAUCCCUCGGGCUCACCUGCGGUCUGACCUGGGGCAGCAGUUAGAAGAGGUUCCUUCUUCAUCUUCCUCUGCUGAGAUUCAGCCUCUACCCUCAGGAACCUGUGCCCCAGAGCCAGCGGGCCCCUCGAAAACAACUGAAGCCCCAGAGCCAAAGGGUGUCAAGGGCAUCAAAGGUACAGCUCCUGAGCAAAGCCAGCAGACCUGGCAGUCACCCUGCAACCCCUACAACAGCGGUGGGCAGCGUCCCUCAGGACUGACGUAUGCUGGUCUGCCGCCUGUGGGGCGUGGCGAUGACAUUGCCCACCACUGCUGCUGCCUGCCUUGCUGCUCUUGCUGCCACUGCCCACGAUUCUGCCGUUGUCACAGCUGUUGCUGUGUUGUCUCCUAGCCUGACUAUCCAACCUCCAGGGCUGGGGGGCCCGGGCCUCGGCUCAAUGCCAAAGUGGUGCUGGACUUCAGGAGCAGCCAUUAUCAUGGGCAUCUGGGGAGCCUGCCCACCAGGAAGGCCCAGCAAGUGCCCUCUGGGAUACGGUCCCAGCCACUAGCCAUGUUGGCAGCAAU